CUUAGUACUCAUAUUGUCACAGUCGGAUCAGUCACUGGCGAUCUUUUAAAACGACAAAAUGGUUUAUUGUUUCUCGUUGUUCACUCUGGUCGUGUUCUGUGUGAUUCACGGAGCUCUCUUCGCGCAAAUACCGGAUUACAUAAAAGUCUGCAAACGUGAACAAAGCACAAUAAAUGAAUGUGUCAAGAGCUCAAUCGAAAAGCUUCGACCCAACCUCAUAGCCGGUAUACCCGAACUCAACGUGCCCAGCUUGGAACCAUUCUACAUCCCAGAGAUCCUUGCAGUAAGUGGUGAGCUCGUUCCUCUUAAGGCUUCAGGAAAAGAUGUAAAAGUGUCAGGAGCUGGUAACUUUACAAUUAAAUCUAUUUCCGUGGAUCUCGACACAUUCACUUUACGCGGUCGAGUUCGCUUCCCGAGACUGCAUUUAGAUGGCCGUUAUAAUUUAGAUACACAAAUCUUGAUAGUGCCUCUACGUGGUGAAGGAAAUCUUGUUGCUAACGCCGUUAAAUGUGACGCUGAGAUACUGCUGAAGUCUCAGAGAACGAUGCGAGAUGGCAAGGAGUACGUCAAGUUCACGAGUCUCAACGUUGAUCUCACAAUUAAGGAUUACCGCAUCAGACUCGAUGGUCUCUUCAAUGGGAAUAAGGCUUUAGGUGACGCAACAAAUGAAGCGAUCAAUCAGAAUCGCGAUGAAUUCUUAAAAACUACACAACCCUACCUUGAGAAGACUGUAGCUAAAAUUUUAUUGGACGCAGCAAACAAAAUAGUAGCGAAUAUCCCGCUAGACGAAUUAUUGCCCGAGGCUUAAAACAUUGUUCAUAUCUACAUUUAAUUUCACCAGAGAUUGUGUAUUAUUUAGAAAUGUGUGCCGAGUGUGUAUUUUACUAAAAGAUUCUAUUUUUAAAAUAUUAUUUGACAAUUCUUGGAAUUGAAAUAUUUUGAGUAUAGAGUUUUUUUAAUAAUGUUAUAUAAUGUAUUAUACUAAGCUUAAGGCACUCUGAAAGCAACCGGUCCCGCAUUUUUAUUAUGCGGUGGUUGGUCAUACUCUUUUUGUGUUUAAAAUUUAGAAAAAAAAAUUGGAAUUUUUUUUUUGUUAAAAGUGUGAUUAAAUAUAAGUAAUAAGUCGAAAUUUUAAUACAAUCGUUAUUUAAAUGUUUUCUCUGUUCCUUUCGACUUUUUAAAUAACAUUAAAGAUAGAAAUAGUUUUUUUGUUUUCUGUUAUUUUUUCUAAAGAUUUGAAAUUAUUGGCAUAAUAUGUUAGAUUUGUUGCGUAAAUAGUAAUUAAAAAUAUGUCUUUCAAUUAUUAUAUUUUUUAAAUUAAAUAUCUGUUCGCACAAAACUUCAGUGUUACCUCAAUAUUUUUAAAACACAUCAAACAUCGCAUAUUUAAGUAUAAAGGUUGAGAGAGACCGAGAGGUUUUUUUAAGAAUUAUUAUAUAAUUCAAUAUUGUUUUAGAAAAUCUAG